AUGCCUAAAAGGUACGUAAUUGUUAUGCGACUAAUGAAUUUAUUUAUCUUUAUAAUCCUGAAAUAUUUAUCAUCUCUAUUUUAAAGUUGAUCUACCUUUUAUUCUUUUUUUGCUGGUUUUCUGAAUCAACUUUUCUUUCUCUUUCAAAACACUCUUUGCGAAAUAUUUUUGAAAUAAUAGUUUUUUUCAAAUAUUUUCGUUUCCUCCAAUAAUGUAUUUGUUUUUCAGAAGUAUGUCACAUCGUAGUAUGGUGGAUGCAAGAUACGAUAAUAGUUCAAUUGGAAUAUCAAGUGAAUUAUCAUCUCGACCAUCUUGUUCUCGUCGAUCUUCUUCAAUAAACAAUGAAUGUAUGACUUCUGUUGCACCAGUAGUACUUACUCAACGAUGGACUGUUAGUAAUUUUGAUAGUUUGCUUAAACUCAGUCAACCUGGUAAUUGUCUUCGAAGCACUGUUUUCCGAGAUGAAGCAAUUCCCGAUGCUUGUUGGCAAUUAUGUCUUUAUCCGGGUGGAAAACGUGAAGAAAAUGCGAAUAAUGUAUCACUUUUCCUGAAAAUGUCAGCAACUUCUCCAACUAAAGAAGUUGUACUUAAAGCCGAAUAUCGUUUUUAUUUCCUAGACGACAAAGAGGAAUCGAAAUUCAGUAAUGUGAAUAUUGGAGAGUUUCAUGCGAAACCACCAAAAGGUGGACAUUCUUGGGGACUUCGAAAUAUUCCAAUUCAGAAAGUACAAAAUAGUAUUCGAGCAGACAGAUCAUUGGUUAUUUCAUGUACAAUCGAAUUAAUGCCUGAUGUUUCAAAAGUUCCAUGUAAAAAAGUUCCACUUUUACCAACAGUUAAAAUGCCAACAACAAGUAUUCCAACAACUUUUGUUGAAUCAGGUUAGAUUUUUCAUUUCUAAAACACCAUUGAAAAGUCAAUUUGAAAUUUAUUUGCAGAACUUCGUAUGUUAGAAUCUGGAGAUGGAUCAGAUAUGCAAAUUACAGCCGGAAUUGAUUCACAGCAUAUGGAAACUUUCAAAGUUCAUAGUUAUAAACUCAAAGCACAUUCUGAUGUUUUUCGAACUAUGUUACAAUACGAAACAAUGAUUGAAAGCACAGAACAAAUGAUUCGAAUCACUGAUUUUCAACCAAUGGCUGUAAAAGCUAUGCUACAAUUUUUAUAUGCUGGUGUUAUAAAAGUUGAAUUGGAUGUUGAUGUGAGUUAAAUCGGAAGUAUAAACUGAAGCUUCAAAAUAUUUAUUUAUUUUCAGGAAGCUGUUGAUGUAAUGCAAAUUGCUGACAAAUAUCAAGUUUUUGCACUCAAAAAAACUUGUGAACAAUAUUUAUUAGACAGGUAAUGUGUUUAUUAGUUGCAUUCAAUUAAUAAUAAUCAUUAUUCUAGAUUGGUUGUUAACAAUGUGUUAGAUUGUAUUACACAUGCCGAUUCUUUUCAAUCUGAGGUAUUAUUGGAUGCUUGUACUGAUUUUGUAAGUUUUUGUCUACAACAAUGUUAAAAUAACAUUAAUCUGUUUUGAGAAAUUCAACAAAAAAUUAUUAUCUGAUUUAUUUUUAAACGUGAACUCACGUUUGUUUUUCUAUAUAACUAGAAGGGCUUCGCUGGCUAACGCCAUCUACAGUAGUUUGACUUACUUUUUCUGAUUAAUUUUCCGGUUAGGGAAAGAGAAAAAUUGAGAAAUGCCCAAAAAUUGUUGACUUUUUCAGAGAAUAGAACGAUCAGAUAAGAAACGUGUCCUUUAAUUUUUUUGGAAUAAAAACGUGAUCAUUCUUUUUUACAUGAAAAAAGUUUUGAUUUUUCACGUGAAAACUCGCGCAUUUUUUGAAAAAUCGAAUAUUAGCGCAUCGACGGGAAAGAAUUUUGGAUCGAAUGGUGAAGGUCCCAUCAAAAAUGGUCUUCUGGAAAUUGAGAAAAGUCGAGCGACACAUUUUAAAAUCGAAAAAUACAUUGGAGUUUUCAAACUUUUCACUCUCCGCGCACUCACAGACAUUUUCAGGGAGAAUUUUUGAAACGCGCAUCAUUGUGCCACCAUUUAGAAACUUUUUCUUUUUUUGAUCAUCAAUUUUUAUGCGCACAGUUUUGAGAACGGACCGCGGACAGACUCUUGCCAAAAAAAUUUUCCCAAUUAGUAUUUCUAUAUAAUUUUUUUUAAUUUUCAAAAAUAUUUUUGCAGAUCGUUCAUAAUCGAGCAAAAGUGAUGAAUUUGGCAGCUUGGAAACCAUUUUUACGUUCAAAUCCAUCACUUGGAAAUGAAGUAAUGGAAAGAAUGGUUAAUGUAAGCGAUAUAUCACCACCAAUGAAAAAAUCGAGAAUUUGAAGUGUUUCAUUCGAUAUCGACAAUUUAUCCUAUUCUAACUGUGAUGAUUUAAAUCUUGUUUUUCUCUGUUGGGUAAAUUUUAAGCUCCCUAAAAUUUUAUUUGUCGACUAUAUUUUUUAUAGUUGUUUUUUUUAUUAUCCAUUUUUUUUCGUCUUAUUUCUGCCUCUUAAAAAAUCUUUGUAAUUAUGUUCAAUUAAGAAAAUCUGGCAAUUUACAUUUCGUUAGAAAUGUGUAUAUGUCACCUAGAAUAUUUAAUUUCAAACCAAAAAUAUGUCUUCUCCUGUCGUUUCCACAAUAUCUUCAUUGUGAAAUAAAAUGACUAUUUUUGUUGAAACUGUUUUUUUUUCAAAAACGAUGUUUUGUAUUUUUUCAAUAAUUAAUUAUCUCUAAAAAAUAUUAUUGGAUUAACACAAAUAAAAUUAAGAUGGGUCGAAUGAAUGUGACAAUGAUGCGAUAUCUCGAAGGAGAUCAUUUUCGAGUUUUGAUUGCCGUAGAAAUGGGUAUGAAAAAUCACGAAGUUGUUCCACUUCCUCUUAUUUCUGCAAUUGCUGGAAUUCAUCGAGGAGCUGUUUCGAGAACACUUUCAGAUUUAUGCAAACACAGUUUAUGCGCAUUUGAAAGAAGUAAAAAAUGUAGGUUUAAAAAAAAACUAAAAAUGUUUUUGAUCAUAAAAAAUUGAAACGUGAGAUAUAAACAACGUGGAGGUUUCUUUUUCAUUUUUUAAUUUUUUAAAAAAGUUCAAAUAUAUUUUCAGUCGAUGGUUAUCGUUUGACAAUCCGUGGAUAUGAUUAUCUUGCUCUUCGAGCUCUUUGUUCUCGCGAAGUUGUUGGAAGUGUUGGAAAUCAAAUUGGAAUUGGAAAAGAAUCAGAUGUUUAUGUUGGAGGAGAUCCAGAACUCAAUGAUCUUUGUCUUAAAUUCCAUCGACUUGGUCGAACUUCAUUCAGAAAAGUCAAAGAAAAACGAGACUAUCAUAAUAAGCGAAAAAGUGCAUCAUGGCUUUAUUUGAGUAGAUUGGCUGCUGCAAAAGAAUUUGCAUUUUUGAAAGCAUUACAAGAUCGAGGAUUUCCAGUUCCAAAUGCUGUUGAUGUUUGUCGACAUGUUGUUGUUAUGCAAUUGGUUAUUGGAAAAACACUUUGUCAUGUUAAUGAAGUUCAAGAUUCGGCUGCACUUUAUGAUAGGUUCGAACAUUUCAUUUGAAUUUUAAAAAUUUAAUUUGAAAUUUCAGAUUGAUGGCAUUAAUUAUGAAAUUAGCAAGACAUGGUGUGAUUCAUGGUGAUUUCAAUGAAUUCAAUUUAAUUUUAUUGGAAGAUGAACGAGUUGUUAUGAUUGAUUUUCCACAAAUGGUCUCAAUUGAUCAUCCAAAUGCACAAUUUUAUUUCGAUCGAGAUGUUGAAUGUGUUAAAACAUUUUUCAAGUGAGUAAUUUUAAAAUAUUCGAAAACAAUAUUUCAAAAAUCGAUUUUCAGACGUCGAUUUAAUUAUGAAAGUGAAGAUUGGCCUAAAUUUGAUGAAAUCGAAAGAAAAGGAAAUAUGGAUGUUCUUCUCGCUGCUUCUGGUUUUACAAAGAAAAUGGCGCUUGAUUUAAACAAAGCAUAUGAUGAAGGAGACUUUUUGGCACACAAUGAAGUUGAAAAACAAGGAGAAUCUGGAAAUGAGGAUGAAGAAGAAGAAAAUGAAGGAGAAGAAGGUGAAAAGGGAGAGGAAGAAGAUGAUAAUUCUGAUUCUGAUGAUUCAAUGGAUCCAAUUGAAGAAGAAGAUGAAGACGUAGAAGAAAAAGAAGAGGAAAAGAAAGUUGCAAAACAUCAGAAAAUUGUUUUGACUCAAAGUACUCGAUUCAAUGAUUGGUUGGCUGAUGCAACAACACAAUUAGAAGAUAUUGAUAUAAAUAGUUUGAAAAAAGAAGAUGGAUAUAAUGAGGCUGAAUUACCUGAAAAACUAAUUCAUCCUGAAACUGUCAUUCAAAAACAAAAUGAAUCGGAAGAGGAUGAUGAAGAAGAAGAGGAACAUUAUGCAGUUGAAGAACAACCACCAAAAAUUGUGAAGAAAAAGAAGAAAGUUACAGUUGGAGCUGCUAGUAUUGCUACAAGUUGUGCUACUUUUACAUCAGAGGAAAUUAAGAAAAAAUUGGCGUUGGACAAGAAAAGAAAUAAGGAAAAGGUGGGAUUUUUUGGGAAUUUAAAAGGAAGCUUUAUGAAUUGGAAAAAGUUGUUUUUAUAGCUAUUAAAAAUAGCGUUUAGUUUAUUUAUUUUCUAUUUUAUUUAUUUAAUACGCUGUCUCAAUUUCUUCAGCUUUAUAAAAUUUUGCAAGAUUUUUUAAAGUUUCCCAAAAUUUUCAAUGAAACGAUAGUUUCAAUUGUAAUUCAAAAAAAAAAGAUUCAGCUCCAAAAAGCUUCCAUUCUAUUUCUAUAAUGAAUUUGAAAUAUUUCUGUGACGAGUUGAAAAAUAAAUUCACAUUGUUUCGUUUCUAUUUUUCCUAGUAUCUACGAUUUGAAUUUUGCUAUCCGGUAGAUUUUUAUUUAAAAGUGCACUUUUGACAAUUCAACAAUUAAAAAAUAAUCAUCGCAACAUUUUUUUGAUAUUUUAAUUGCAAUAAAUUUCGGAAAAAAUUCAUAGUUAGUUUUGGAUAUAAUCGGCCUUGAUGAUCAUUUAAUUGGUUGAACAUUUCAUUCGACGUUUCAUUUUUCAAUUCUGUUUCCAUUUUUCUCUCUGCAAAAAUUAAAUUGAAAUUACAUAUUUUUAAAAUCUUUUCUGAUUUGAUAUUUCGAGUGUGUUUUAACCGGUCAAAGUAGCAAAUAAUCACGUUAUAAUGAUCGCCAAUAUUAAUUGACAGCUCUUUUGAGUAAAAUUGUUUUUUUGCAAUUUCACUUUUUAAUUUGAAAAAAAACCGAGCAAAAAAUGUUGUGAUUGAUAAGAAAAGGCAACAAUUUCAUAUAGAUAACAAUGACCUUUUAAUGAUUAAAAAAGUUACUUUUGAAUUUUUGAAUAUAAAUUUAUUUCUUUUUAAUACAUGUUUAAUCCUUUCAGAUCCGAUUAAAAGUAAAAGGAAAACAAAGUGCAACAAAUCGAAAUAGAAAAGAUAAUAAGGAUGUAAUUGCAGAAUAUGCUGGUUGGAUUUAG